GGCUUAACCGGCUAUUGUGGGCGGAUCUGACGUCAGAGUCCUGGCACCAGUUUUAUGCGAGCGGCGAAAGGUGGCGAGAUAUUUUAAUCCGUCUCCGACUUGACAGCCACACACGCGCGACCACAAAACAAGACGCACCCGCAAAACUUAGAAGACUAUGGACCUGAGCCUGCGAGAUGCUCUGGGUGGGGGUGGAGGUGGGGUCCCAGGUGGCGCCCCUGCCGAGGCUCUACUGAAGAGAGACUUUAUGAGUACGCUGGAGAAAGAGAGCUAUGACGACAAGGUGGGAGAGACAAUGACCAAGAGUGACUACCGACCUUUACUGGAUGGAAAGGACGCCAAGAGUGGACUUGAGACGACCUCUUCAGUGAUUUUACCAGGUGGACGCCAAGACCCACCUGGACAACCAGCAUUCACUUCUGACUACCUGUCUGGUCCUAUGAUGGGUGGGAUGACUGACCAGUGGACAGAGGAUACCAGCAUGCCUGAGUCAUUUCUCGGAUUCUCUCAGUCUGGAAUGAGUGGGAAUAUGGGUUCCAGCCUGCCACCUUUCCAGACGAACGUGAACUCAUCUCUAGGCCAGAUGGGGACGGGAAAAGCUAUGGAUGCACAGAAAACCUCCGGCCUAUUUGGUUCGGAGCCCCAAAACAUCAGUAUUACCAGUGGCAACAACCCUUUCAAACCAAGUGAUCCAUUUCCUUCUGGUGCUCCAGGAAUCCAUUCUUUGGAUCGCAGCCCAGCUCCGACCCUCUCUCCCAGCGGCUCGGUGGAUGACAGCAGCCCCACUUCCUCCGCUUCUGACCCCCUCAGCCCUGAGCGAUCGGCGUGUGAGGCUGGCAAGCAACAGCAGAGGCGGAAGAAGAAGAAGAGGAAGGGGCGUGGCGAGACGUACGGCUUCUUGGAUAGUCAGGAGAAUAACGGCCAUUCCGACAAACGCGGCUUGCAGGAUAAGGGCGGACGGGAGGUGGAGGAGGAUGACGAGGAAGAAGACAACUGGGAGUGGGAAAUCCGUGAGAGUGGAGCAGGGGGUCGAGUGAAAGGCAAGAAGUUGAAGAGUCGGGCAAGACUUCCAGAGGAGUGGGGAGCACCCCAGCAACCGGUGUCUCCCAUACCACCUGCACUUGCUUCUACCUGGGCUACAGCAACAGACUUUGACUCUUUGGACUCCAAGGCUCUCAAGUCCAGCCCCAGUCAAGGUUUCUGUGAGUCUAUGCAAAUACCGACAAGUUUGAGCAUUCGCUCCCACGAUAGGCUUGCAGCAGAUUCAUCUCCCCGCUCCGUGGAACCCACGCGUGUCGAUAUCAGGCCUGUGUCUACCGAUGUGACCGGCAGACCUCAACCUAUUCGCUCACCCGGCAACGCUACCAACAAGAGUAGUGCAGUCGGGGUCAUUAGUGGGAAUUUAGCAUUGGUGACCGGGGACAAUCUGAGCCCAGUCUCCCAGACAUUCUCUUUUUUCGAUUCAGUCCUCCAGACUCCACCGGGUUCUACUCACGACUCACAGAAUGCCACCCCUGUUACGAACACACCCGUACUUGCUUCAGCUGCCUUGUCCACAUCAGCAGAUGUUGUUGUCCCUUCUUCACAAACCUCCUAUGGUUUCUACCCACCCAAGACCGCUUCAGAUGUCCCUCCAACCUUUGCUGUGUCAUCAAAGGCCCUGCCCUCACCUGUCACAGAAACCCAAUAUCCUAAAACUGCCCUUGAGUCAGUUCUCAACGUUGAUGCUAAGCCUUUUGUCCCCUCAGCCUCGCGCAUAACCCCCGUGACAGCUCCAAGUCCAAAUGCGUCCACGACUAUUGUUCAUGCAGCAGCCUCUUCCGGAAGCAUCGGUGGCGCUGCAGUCGGUUGUCUUCCUUCCACUAUCAGUGAAGCUGCAAAGCCAGCAUCAUCAGAAACUCCCGCCAAAGCUGCAGCCAACCCCCCUCUGUUCACCACACCUGCAGUCCCUCCCUCUCUCACACACUCCAAGCACCAGGAGUCUGCGUCGCCAGUGCUCCCCCCACUGGAAGUGAAAGUUGACAAGGACAAGCAGGAGAAGAAAGACAUCUUGUCCAGCAAGACAGAGAAGAUGGAUGCCUUUGACAAGAAGGAGAAAGCGGAGCAGCAGAACAAAGACAAUUGCCCUGACAAGAACCUGAAGCCUGACAAGAUUUUCAAAGAUGAAGGAAAGACGGACAAGAUGAAUGCUGAGAAAAACAACAAGGUCAGUGAGAAGGCAGAGAAGACAGACAAGCCAGAGAAAACGAACAAAGAAGAUAAGAAAGAAGAGGAAAAGAAGCCGACUGAGAAAAAGGAUGAGAAAAAAGGGGUUGCCAAGUCUCCAACAGGCAAUGGCAGCAAGACCCUGCAAAGCCCUGACAGCAAGAGCAAGACUGAGGUGGUUUCGACCAAAACAAACUCAUUUAAAUCUCGCCCAUCCACCCUCCACACCAAUGGUGAAGCCACCUCAGUCAAACGCCCCUCCCCAACCAUGACUCCAGCCAGUAAAAAAAGCCCUCUGCCCAAGGCGGCAACCCCCACUGCUGCUAAGAGCCCUCCAAUUGCACCUGGAUCUGCAAAAAUUCCAGAAAGUGGAGCAGCUGAGAAACGCCCAGCUGCACAAAAGACUAGUCCUACUCCCCGUUCAGUUGCCAAUAAGAACAAUUCCUCUGCUUCUACUGGGACCAAAACCGCUGCAAACAAGAAUGACAAGACUGAGAACAAGUCAGGAGAGGCCAAGAAAACCAAACCUACAGCUCGUCCACGUCCCGUUUCCACCACAUCCCUGAUGACUCCAGCUAACACAGCCAACGGUGAAGCCGCUCCCACCCAACGUCGCAGGGUCAUCACCAAGCCUCCUGUUCCGAAGCAAAGCGCUCUGGAAAAGAAGCCAGCGGUGCCCCGUGCUCCUCGAACCCUCAGGCCCAUCAACGCGCCAACACCAGACCUGAAGAACGUCCGUUCCAAGAUCGGGUCCACUGACAACAUUAAGUACCAGCCUGGCGGAGGAAAGGUUUCUUCCAUACAGAACAACAAGACAGCAGACCCCUCCAAUCCUUCCACCAAGGCCAGAGUUCAGAUAGUGCACAAAAAGCUGGACUUCAGCCAUGUCACGUCUCGCUGUGGCUCCAAGGACAAUAUCAAACAUGUCCCUGGAGGUGGCAAUGUGCAGAUCCUGAACAAGAAGGUCGAUGUGAGCAAGGUCACGUCCAAGUGCGGCUCCAAGGACAACAUCAAGUACAAGCCAGGUGGUGGUGAUGUGAAGAUUGAAUCUCAUAAGCUUAACAUUAAGGCAAAGUCCAAGAUUGGUUCACUGGACAACGUGGGCCAAGGCAAUGCACAGACAAAUGGACACAAGGAGGAGAGAGGAGAGGAAAAGACACCGUCGCCUCCAAACGCGGGACCAGCGGGCGUUGCCAAGGCAACGACGGCACCAGGAGGUGUCGCAAAGGAAAAUGGGGUUAAGGAGCCCAUGCCUCGUCCUUUUGGGGCGGACGGUUUGAGAGACCCCCUUGGUACUGACAGGCGCAUUGCUGAGAAAAAUUGAAUCUCAGCACAAGAGUUCUGGUGGGGUACACCAAGCGCUCGCCGGUUGACCAACCAACCUUCCAUGGUCACUUCCCCUUGGCCCUGCCCUCCAUCUCGCCUCCUGCAGCACCAAGCUGAAAGUCCGCCUCUUAGUGUUUCUCUGGGCUCCACUGCCUGCCAGUACACCAACCCUGACCUUCGAUGCCAGUCGGUUGACCUUUGGCUCACCCCACCAUAGAGAAGAGCACUUGAUGUUUGUCUGUGAAACUUCUGUCUCAUAGCACUGACGUAGAGGACGUAAAUGCCAUUCUGAAAUCCCAUCACUGUACACCCCAAUGCUUCAAAGAAAUAUUUUUAGUUGGGCAUAUUUUCCAUAAAGUAACUUCACCUACAUUAGUCAUUUACUCACCAAUCCACUGAUCCACCAACCAGUAGCAAAUGACUUUGAUGUUCACAUCCAUUCAGCCAGCUCCACACCUUCCUAACCAGGUGAGGCUUACCUAUGAAGCCUGCUGGAGAGCAAAUGACGCAUCUGCUUUAAAUGGACGCACGUAUCCUUUUAGCCAACAAUUUGUGAUUUGUAAAUCUACGGUAACUCCAGCGCUGCACUUUGUAUCACUGUAGGUAACGAGAGCUUGCUUAGCAUCGUCUCUAUGGAAUCCCUUAUGCCCACAGUUACUCAUUGGUAUCAGUAUCACGGGAGUAAGAGCUGUCGAUGACGAGGAUGAGGAUUGAACAGGUUAAAACAGUCAGUAGUCAAGGAGGUAAAGGUCAUUUUUAAAGCAAUAGUAGGGUCGUUUUUUGGAAUUCCUUUGCUCGUAACGCUUUUGGUAUAACAUAGCUAUAACAGACCAGGUACACGGAGUUUGUCGUCAAUUGCGUGACUUGUACUUAAAGGUGGAACUUUGUGCAUCUGUAUUGAACUGCUGUGUCACCCUAAUUUAGCUGCAUUUGAGUUGUGUUUAACCCCGGAGUUGAUCUGCUCGCUGCUGCACUUGUUAAAACUGCAUUUCAUAUAAAUUGUCACCGGAAACCGUAAUAUUCAGUAGGCUGUAUGUGAUAAUUGUCUAUUGAUACACGACUUAACUGUCAGCUGUUUUGUGUUUGGUGCAUGUUUCAGCAUUGCUAAACUGUUGGCUCAUGCGCAGUAUAUUCUUGCGUUCUACUGAUUAAAGUGUGUGCAGCACUUGGACUUUCUGGUCACGUGGUUUUAGCACAAGACCUGUGCGACAUACCAGGAAUGUUUAGCUUAGCUCAGGCUCAAUGUAAAUCCAGUGCACUACAUAAAGAUAUUAAUGAUAAAGUUUUUUUGUCAUUUGUCUUAAGAGGUUGCCCCCGCAACCCCGGAUAAGCGGAAGAAGAUUGAUGGAUGAAUGCAUGGAUUUGUCAUUCAUUUAAUUCUUCAGAUCUGCAUCAACAUUGCUUAGGCCCGUCCCACACCGAGCGGCGCGGACAAAACGACCGAACUGUCGUGCGGGUGUGCAGAGUUCUGCUACGAGUGUUCGCGAGUGGCCGACCGUCAGCCGUUGCUUUUGGUGAGCGGUGUUACAUUGUCGCAGCUGUAACGGCUAAUUAAAAAUGCACAUAAGCUUUCACCAAAAAACAAGUUUGUGGGUCCGGAGUAAGUAAGUGAGCCGCCAAGCUGUACCAAUACAGUAUAUAUGUAUAUAUUAUGUUUCCAAAUGAUUCUCAACUAUAUUUCUAAUUUCCUACGUACCUGUGCUUAGAAAGCAAAGCGUGAAGUCUCUGUUGCUGAAAUGCGUGAGUCCAGUCAGCGAGUAAGGCCAAUAGCCUCUCAAAAUGUCCACACUCUCCUUUAUUCUUGCCCGUUUCCUCUUCUUUGUGGCCAUCUGCUUGUUCGUUGACAUCCGGGCCAUAUUUUUGUCUUGUCAAUCAAAAAAUAAUAGUUUGGCGGCGCGGCGCUUGGGUAGAUGUGCAGCGCUCGGUUGCUUGGUGUGCGGCGAGGAGUCGCCAACUGCAGCUUUUCCGCGACGGUGCACUUCAGUCGCGUUCGGCCGCAUUCCUCAGUGUGCGUUGGGCCUUAAGCGAUGUAAGAUGUGUUAUUCUGAGCUCUACGAAUGAGUGAAGUGACAAGAGACGGCAUACUUCUUGCUGCUUUGGAAAAUGUGCUCUUUUGGAACCCCGUUAGUUUUAAUUGCACACACGUAAAGCACAAAGUAUCCCAAGUACAUCCGCAUGCAAGCGCACGCAUGCAACGAAAGAUCCACAUUGCACAGCUAUAACGACCCAAACAAGUCAGGUUAUCGAUGGUAUGUGUUCUGCUACUGUGCAAGGCGAUACUAUUAAAAGAAUGAUAAGCUAUGUUGAUAUCUCAUACUCAUCGUAGUCUUACGUACCCGACCCAGCCUUGGAUUCAUCUAGUUCCACUUCUGGUCUUUCAUUAGAUGUUGAUUAGAGCAAUACAGUGAUACUAACUGGUGACACUUGGGAUUAUAUACGCAUGCGGACGCACGGGGCAGAAAAGGUCGAUUUUAGCAGGACGAGAGAAAUGUUGAAUCUAAAGUGCCGUCUUCUGGGUUUGUUACAUUUGAAUAAAUUGAAAUGUGGAUUUAUUUUGCUGCUUGGACAUAAUGUGUUGCUUAACCGCUCCAAAAGAUACUGAUACAAAGAAAACAAAUGCACAUUAACGGGGGGAGGUCAAAUCUGAAUCUCUUAUUUCACUCGAGCCUGGAUUUGUAGUGUAAAUAAUAGGAAGUCGGUAGUUUUUUGUGUAGAUGCUUUUUUAAACAUUUUGCCCAGUUUAUGGUAUGCUUUAGAUCCUUAAUGUUAUGCGUUUGUGCAGCACACAAGAACAUGUCAAAAAAUAUCAACAUGAAUAUCGUUGCUUUUCUUACGACUAAAAGAAGUAUUUAAAAAGCACUGAGAACUAUUUGGCUGCACAUUAUGAAUGCCAUCAGUACUUCAGCAGCACUUCAGCAUUGGUCAUCUGCAUUUACUGUCGUUGUGCCCUAUUCAGUACACAUUUAAAAGAUACUUUUAAAAAUCGCUUCUUUUUUUUUUUUUUUUUUUUUAGAGAGCGAUAAAUGCGCAUGGUUUUUUUUCUUUUUUUUUUUCUUAGUAGGUUAUUGAAGGGCAUUUAGCGAAUGAACCCAAAUUGUGAUGGCGCAUUAUUUUCGCUGAACUUAAAGAAGAGUUCACAACAUUAUUGCAUUUUACACUGUGAUACACCAACAGAAUCUUUUUUGUGUGGUUCAGCCCACCAUCAACUUACGGAAGGGCCUUUAGUUCACGAAUUUCCCGCUCAAGUGUCAUGCACUUAAACAGUGAAGGUAUUUGUGACUGUCGUCGGAUGUGUGAAGUGUUGCCUCCACAUCCAUCUUGUAGAGCGCCGCUUAGCGUUUGGAACACUGAUAGUCUGGCUGGGAAACCUUAAGGCUGUCUCACAAAGCUGAGCUGUGUCUCAUGCUAUUUAUAUAUACGUGAAUUAAAUACUAUUCAAAUCAUGUUUAUGGUGUACAGCUCCCCUCAGAAUGUCAAAAGUCUCGUUCGUUUCUUGAGGCGCUAAACUGAUAGAAACUUUUGUUUUUACAGUACUAGGAAUGGAUAAAGUCGGCUGUGUACUGUACAUCUGUGUUUUUGGGGAACCAACCAGACUAUGUAGCUAAAUGUAUGAUUAAGUAACAAGGAAGACUAGACAGUAACAGCAGCAUAUGAUCAUAUUCGCUAUUGUACUGCACCCUCCAAAACAUAUCCAUGGGAUGCCUAUGCGUAAAAUAUGUGGAUCGUGCGCAAAACUAAAUUGGGCAUACUGCUUCACUUCCAAAACUCAGCAAAGGGAUAAAAGCACUUUGAUAGAAAUAGUAAGUUGCUCAUGUGUAUGGCCAUAUGAACAUGUAGUCGGUUUAAUGUCUUGGUUAAGCGUGAAGAAGAUGUGAAUAUUUGAUGGCUUUGAAUGGUCUCACCUUAAUUCUUGUCAGUUUGGUGGAUUCUGGCCAAACUUCGGUCAUUGCUGUUGUGCUAGUGGCUGUAACCACUUCUAAAAAGCAGCACUCUAGUGUGCCCUGAGCAAACCUCGACGAGUCUUUUUAUUUUAGUGUCUACCUUUAAGCAUACCGUAAUUGUCACGUGAUGAUGACAGACACGGACAUUGAAUUGGUGGGGCCCAAUGCGAUGUUGCUUCAUGAGGAACCAAAUCCCUGGCAGCAGCCCUGCAACGCACACCCGAACUUGACAUGCUCUACACUGAACAAAAGUUAGUCAGGUUAACCAGUGAUUUUGCAAACAAUCUAAUAUUGGCUUCACGUUCCGUUUGCACUUUUGGAAUUCAGCGCGAGGAGGACUGAGUUAAUGUUGCAGCUCUGCAACUUGCACUACAGGUGAUAAUUAGAUGAUGUCCACCCAUGCGUGUUUGUGUCCAAUUAUGUCACUGGAAUUCUACCUUUCCCACGAGGAUUUCACUAUCCCCUGUAUAUUGAUAGCACCACCUUUUUAUCACUCCUGAUGUAAUUAAAAACAAAAAUCAUGCUUCGCGGCGUGUUGUGGAUGUCGACAGAUGAACAUUUUUGCUCAUAAACCUGUUACAACUUUAAAUGCCAUUAUUAUUAAAUUAACAGUGUGAGAAAGGUUCUUUUUUUUUUUUUUUGCGCAGAGUUCCCCUUUGGGGACUUCUGAAAUUUCAAGAAUGUUUUCCAAUGUAUUAAAGACGUAAGCUGCGGAAUUUAUGUAUGAGGUCUGUUCUUGUUCUGCUCUGCACGAUGGAUGAAAAAUGCAAUUGUAGGACCUGUUGAAAGGGCAGCAAAGUGUGAUGUUUUAGUACGCUUACAAACAGACAUGAAAUCAUUAGAACCUGGAAUCAAAGUAGACUUAAAGAUGUUAUCUAUAUUUAAGCUGAAAUAGGACGUCUACUUUUUUCAGCAUUUCUUGCAGGACGGUAGGACACGCACUGGCCAGCCCUUUCUUCCGGUGACUCCCAUUCCCCAAACAUGAGUGUGAACAAUGAUCGUCUUUUUGGCGUCUUAUUUAUAGUUCUUGCUCUUUAUUCGACCGCCCAUUAGUGACGACAAAUGCUGACGUACGGCAGGUAUAAUCAAAAUACUCAAAACUUGACUCUAAAUAUUGGACUGUUAUGGACCAAUUUGCACUGUUAAAAGGAUUUGUUCCAUUUGGUCAAACAAUCGUUUCUAUUUAACUAGAAUACAUUUUGAAAGGUAUGUGAGAAAUUAAAGGUUAUGCCUCACUUACAAAAGCCUUGUCAGCAUUUCAGCACUGAAAUGUAGAUCUUGAAUGCUCGUCAGAAAAAAAUAGUCCAUUUGUGAAUGGAAAAGAUUCAAACCUGCUUAAUUGACUGUAUACCUUGUUGUAUAAGUAUACUGUUUUAUUGUGCAAUUAUAUACUGUACGUCGAUCUGUGCACAAGUGCGUGCCGCAGUCACAUUUACCGUGUAACACAAAAAAGAAACUGCUUUUCAGUGCUGCUAAGUGGGCCCACUGUCGUGUGUGCAGUUAUUGUGUAGGGCACGACACCAGAGUAAGAGAGCAUGCAAAAGACAACAAACUAACUGCUGAUUAGAGACAUCCAUCUUUUAGCUACAGUUUAGCUUCCCCUCCAAUUCUGAAUCUUUGGUAUGAAAGAGAUGUUCGUUGUGAUUGUCAACCAGUGAUGUGAACGUUCAUCAUGUAAUAAAAAGAUGAAGAAAAGAGCAGACGUCAA